GCCACUCCCGGGCCGCCUCCGCCUCCGCCCCUCCGCGCAGCCGAGCCGCAGGGACGGAAGGAGGGAGGCGCGCCCAGCCGUCCGGGAGGGCACUUGCGGCCGCCUCCAACUUCCCCAAAGCGCCGCAGAGGAGCGGCCGGCAUGGAGAGCAGCGCCGGGCAGGAGGACACCUGAGCAGCCGCCGCCCCGAGACGCCGAGCGUGCGAUGGAGAACUCCACAUUCCUGCUCUCCUUGAACGCCAGCGCCAACUCCUCGCACACCGACUGCAGCAGUGAAGACAACCCUUACAAGUGCAAAUUCGAUGAGGAGUUCAAGUACGUCCUUCUCCCCGUCUCCUAUGGCAUCGUUUUUGUGGUGGGCCUCUGCCUCAACCUGUUGGCGCUCUACGUCUUCCUCUUCAGGAUCAAGUCCUGGAACGCCUCCACAACUUACAUGUUCAACUUGGCAGUGUCCGACACCCUCUAUGUGAUCUCUCUGCCCCUGCUGGUGUACUACUAUGCUGUCGGCGACAACUGGCCCUUCAGCGUGGGCUUAUGCAAGAUUGUCCGCUUCCUCUUCUACACUAACCUCUACUGCAGUAUCCUUUUCCUGCUCUGUAUCAGCGCCCAUCGGUUCAUGGGGAUUUGCCUCCCGCUAAAGUCCCUGGAGUGGGGCCAAGUCCGUUACGCCCGCUGGAUAUCGGGUAUCGUCUGGCUCGUCGUCAUCACUUGCCAAUCCCCUGUGCUCUAUUUCGUUACCACCAGUUCCAGGUGCGAUGCCAUCACUUGCCACGACACGUCGGCGAAAGAACUUUUCGGGCAGUUUGUUGUUUACAGUUCGGUGAUGCUCGUCUUGAUGUUCUGCAUCCCGUUUCUCGUCAUCAUUGUCUGUUACUGCCUCAUGGCCCGCAAGCUGCUCCAGCCCACCCGGGGCACCACCCGCAUGUCCAACUCCAAGAAGAAGUCGGUCAAGAUGAUCAUCAUAGUCUUGGUGGUCUUCAUCGUCUGCUUCUUGCCUUUCCACGUCACUCGCACCUUGUACUACUACUUCCGCAGCUGGGACCUGAGCUGCGAGGUCCUCAAUGCCAUCAAUUUGGCUUACAAAGUUACCCGGCCGCUAGCGAGCACCAAUAGCUGCCUGGAUCCCAUCUUGUACUUCCUGGCAGGACAAAGGUUUGUGAAGUUUGCCUGCCCCAAAACGCCUGAGAAAGGGGAGAACCAGACGGAUUCGGACAGCACACCCAACUGUCACAUGCGGGCCAAAAACACUCUCGCCAUGAAAGCGAAAAGAAUGGUGUCCUAGCCAGUUGCAUUUCUGACCUCAGUGGUUUUGCAAAGUGUUAUCUAUCUACAAUGGUAGAGUUUCUAUACUGCACAGAAGGGGGUUAUGUAUGCAACCUAUCUGCACAAAAGGAGGUUAUGUAUGCCACCUAUCUGCAGUAGUUAUGUAUGCAACCUGUCUUCAGUGAUAGACUUUCUAUACUGCACAGAAGGGGGUUAUGUAUGCAACCUAUCUGCAGUGAUAGACUUUCUGUACUUCACAGAAGGGAGUUAUGUAUGCCACCUAUCUGCGGUGGUAGAGUUUCUCUCUUGCACAGAAGGGGGUUAUGUAUGCAACUCCCAAGACAAGAGAAGUAUUUUUUCUUCCCACUUGCACCAUAGUACAAUAGGGGGUGUAUGUGUGUGUGUACGUCACCUUCAGUGGAUUUUUUGUGGAAGCUACACACUAUAAAGUAUGUUGUCUAACACUGCAGUCUGCACAAAACUCAAUAGAAAAAUAAAAUUUCCGUUCUUCAGUGGCCAGUUACACAGAAACUAAAGAAAGGAAGAAGAAUACUGGUGCAAUGAGAGGCAAUGUAUUACAGUGGAUACUGAACUGAGACCCAGCUCGGGUCUGCUAAUGCAGGAAUAUAGAGUGGUAGAAUGGUUAGCGUGAUUUCUAGCUAUAGGUGGUAGACCCUGGUCUUGAUUGCUUAUAAUAAAAACCUCCCCACAAAUAGAAAACUAGCGCAAUGAUUCUAACUUGGGGUUUUUUGUCUGCUGUGCUAGUUUUCUACUGGCAAGGAGUUUUUUUUUAAAACGUGAUCACUCACUUGAAGUGGCAUGAUGGUACACCACAGUACUGCUUCCUUCUGCUGCAUUCUUACAGGCUGCUAUCUACACAAACUGUGUGUCAUGUGGUAAGCUUGUUCUUGGGCUGUCCCUCUUCAAUCUGCAGAUGCAGGGUUGAAAUCAUAUAUCUUGGAAUGUUCCUCCUUGGAGGAAAAAUCCUUAUCCAUAACAAAGCUACAAUCUCUGUGAGAAGGUCAGGCUAGAACCGUUGUCCUUGGUAUCUAGUUUUCUUUUAGCAAAAUAAUUCAGAGUCCUCUUCAUCCAUGAAAUUCCCUACUUUCCAUCCAAAGUAGUAUAUUCAAGGAACUGUUUUACCUAGGGUUCCCAACUCUGGGUUGGGAAAUUCCUGGAGAUUUAGUGGUGGAUUCUGGGAAGGGCAGGGUUUGGCAAGGGGAAGGAGCUCAGAUAUAAUGCCACAGAACCCACCCUCCAAAGGCCACGUUUUCUCCAGGGGAAUGGCCUUAGCCAUCUGGAAAUCAGUAGGAGUCCAGGAGAUCUCCAGGCCCCACUUGAAAGCUGAGACACUUGAAAGUUGGCCACGCUAGUUUUACCAUCACGUUUACUGUUUGGGUAGACGUUGGCUUGCCAGUUUUUGAACAGAACCAGUGUAACUGUGGAAAGCUUCACCUUCUGGUUUCUGGACAAUAAACCUCUCUUAAAGGCGGAGGGAUAUGUGAGGCCGGGUUUUGGGUUUUGGGUGGGGCAUUUAGCAACUCUUUUGAAGAUUAGUGGUUGCAACAGGAAGAUCUAGAUUGAGAACGCCACUCCUAAAAUUCACUAAUUUUUUGACCCUGGUCUUAAUUGCCUAUGAAAAAAACCAACCUCCCCGCAAAUAGAAAACUAGCACAACAAUUCUAGCUUGGGGUUUUUUUUGCCCCUCUCUCUUAGUCUGACCUAUCUCAAAGUGUUGUUGUCAUGAUAUAAUCUGGCAUACACUCCGUCCUUUCAGAAAUUAAGUUGGCAACAGCCAGGGGAGGGAGGGAGAGAGUCUCUGGCUCACCCGACCGUAGAAUAACACUGGAUUGGAAACAUGGCUGAGGUCUUUGCCAAAACAAUGGCAUAACUCUCACAUAUAAUACAACUUUGCAAAGUCCCAGAAAUGGUCAAUGUGGAUUUGAUGCUACAGAGAUCCCUGAUUGCCCCCCCCCCCAACAUUGUUAAAUUGUGAUCGGGAGGGAGGGAGAGAUCUCAGAAGCUAAGCAGGGUGGGCCUCGGUUGGUAAUUGGGAGACCUCCAAGGGAGACCAGGGCCGCAGAGGCAGGCAAUGGCAAACCACUUCUGUUAGUCUCUUGCCUUGAAAACUCCAGCAGGGGUCACCAUAAGUUGGCUAUGACUUGAUGGCACUUUCUAUCUCCAAGAACAAUGUGUAUGAAAUUAAUGGAUUAUAAUUAAUGGAGUCAGUUUGAAUUGGAGAAAACUACGCUGGAACACAUGGAAGAGGUAACCCGCCCCCCACAGACACAGCAGCUUGUAGGCCAAAUUCACAUCAAGGUCCCUUACGGCUGUUUUACUAUUUAAAAAUGCCGGGAAGAUUCACAUAUAGAUUUCUCUAUGGGCCAAGCUACAAGUGAUGAAUGACACUUGAACGGCAAGUGGAUUGAGUGGAGUGCAAGUGAACAGGGAGAAAUACAGGGCCAAGCUACACAUGGCGAAUGACACUUGAACGGCAAGUGGAUUGAGUGGAGGGCAAGUGAACAGGGAGAAAUACACUUGCCGUUCAAGUGUCAUUUGUCACUUGUAGCUUGGCCUUAUGUCUCAUAUAGUGAGGUCUAUAUUGUGGUGCUGCCAAAGAUUAUUUGGGCCUGUCCACACCGCAAACUGGACUUUGAGCUGGACUUCCAGCUACGAUUGCCAACUGUCCUAGGAGAAAAAUGCCCUGUCCCUUUAACAUAGGUUUAAUGGGAUGUAAUUUACUUGGAGAUGUUAUGAAAAGCCAUUAAAUGGUUCAGCUACUUAUUACCUUAAAGAGACAGGACAGGGUUUUUUUUGUUCUGGCUAGCUAGCAACCCAGCCAAGCUGUCGCGGUGGAUUCUCAAAACACCCAGAAAAUAGCACUUCCCAGAAUUAGUUGGGGAGGGGCAUAUUGGUUAAACUGUUUUGAAACUGGUCUCAAAGCAGUUAACAUUUGUUGUGCAGCCCACCUCUUCCAGAUGCUUGGAGACAAAGUUCCUGUAAUCUUGCCUUCCUUGUGAAGGGCCGUUGGUUUGUAGUAAAGAUCCUGAGCUAAACUAUCCCCCCCCCCCGCACCUGCCUCCCCCACAAACACGCUGGUUAAAUGAGCCGUGGAGCUGUAAUUGGGAUCGGAACUCCAAAAUCUGUUUUUCAUCAAUACGGCCAUUAAAUGGUCAAUUAAUGUUUGUGCCAUUGUCAACAAGCCUGUAUCGGAUGGUGAUGAUUUUCGACAUGAAGUGGUAGAAAUACUAAAAUAAAAUUAAAACAUAUUUUUAGAAUAUAGUACUCAAUUGCUUAUAAUCACUAACAUGGAAAUUGGAUUCAUUUCUAGCUGCUGCUGUGUGGAGCCGACAUAGAAGCCCCGAGGUUUGUAGUCUUAAUUCCAUAUCAUGGCUACACGAUGGGGGGGAAGUUUAACACAAACUCACGCGCAUCUGAUUUUGCAAAUCAAAAUUAGGUAUUUGUCAACAAGGUCACACACAGUAAGAGUUUAACUAGGGAUGCUGACUGACUGGGGGGAAAAUGUUUUACCCCUUUAAUGGAAACUUAAUGGUAUGUUAUUUACCAGGUGUUGUUACUGAUCUUCAUAGAAUAAAAAGAUCCAGAGGCAUGAUGCAUCUGACAAAGAGAGCUGUGAGUCUCGAAAGCUUAUGCUACAGAUGCAUCUGACGAAGAGAGCUGUGUUUCUCAAAAGCUUAUGCUACAGAUGCAUCUGACGAAGAGAGCUGUGUUUCUCAAAAGCUUAUGCUACAGAUGCAUCGAACGAAGAGAGCUGUGUUUGAUGUAUUGUCGAAGGCUUUCACGGCUGGAGAACGAUGGUGGUUGUGGGUUUUCCGGGCUGUAUUGCCGUGGUCUUGGCAUUGUAGUUCCUGACAUUUCGCCAGCAGCUUCCCCCCAUUAGCAGUCCACACCCUGGGAAACUCUUACAGGAUGACUCAGCCCAAACCCACCUUCCUGAGUAGACAUAAAUUACCUGCUAACAUCUUCUCCACACAUUGACACUGAGAGAUCUCUGUCUUUUGGUGCUACACCUCUGAAGACGCCAGCCACAGCUGCUGGCGAAACGUCAGGAACUACAAUGCCAAGACCACGGCAAUACAGCCUGGAAAACCCACAACCACCAUACAGCUGUGUUUCUUGAAAGCUUAUGCUACAGAUGCAUCUGACAAAGAGAGCUGUGUUUCUCGGAAAGCUUAUGCUAUAGUAAAGUUGGUUAGUUUUAAAGGUGCUACUGGACCUAGUUUUAAAGGUGCUACUAUAACAUAAAAACCUUCAGCUGUCCCUUUCCACAGAUUACGCUUCCAUUAAAGAGACAGGAUUUCUUUUUUCUCCAGGCCUGUUAGCAACCAUAGAUUUAUCCUACGUAAGGUUGCAAAAUCUCAAGAGUUUGACCUGAAAUUUCAGAGCCAAGGAAGGAACCUUAACCUGCUUUACUCAGAAGUAAAUCCCGUUUUAGCCGAUGAGACUUCAUCCCAGGAAAGUGUCCUUAGGAUUUUAGCCUCAGGUUGCAAAUAUCCUAACAGUUUUCUGGAAGCAAACUCUGUUGAAUAGGAGACUUACUUCUGAGUAGACCUGUUUAGGAUUGUUUCCUCUAUCUCCUUUGCAAAGCCACCAGUAGAAGCACUGAACAUUUCCAGAGGAAGCACUCGGCACCAAGGGGAACGGGCUGCGUUCAGCUUGGCUGAGACAGUUUGCUUAACAACAAUCACUUCCUAAUGUCCUCCGAUGAAACCAUCCGCAACUCAGGCUGGUUCAAAAACUAGCCUCUGCAGAAAACUGGGGAAAUCGUUUAUGUUUUUAAAAAUUAACAUUAAUGUUUUAAACAUUAUUUAUAACAGAGGAUUGUGUUAGAUUUCUGUGGCACUGUUUUAUUUUUGUAAUGUGGAUCCAAGACCCAUUUCUGGCGAUAAAUGACUCUAUAUCCUUA